AUGUCUGGGUCAGGCUCCAAACUCGUCGGAAUCAAAAAACACGACAUUUAUUAUAUUAAAGGUGGAGACGUCUACUUCUUGGUUGAGCAAUACCAUUUUCGUGUCCACCGAUACUUCUUCGAGCGGGAAUCCACUUUCUUCAAGCACCAGCUCGCUACGCCAGCUUCUCCAGGCGAGGAGCGCCAAGGGACAUCCGAGGGGACCGCCAUCGUCCUAGACCACGUCACCCCCGCCGAGUUUGCCAGAUUUCUAUGGGUGUUCUACAACCCUAAAUAUUCCCUCUACGAUGCGACUGUCGAAGACUGGGCAAUCAUUCUCAAGCUCGCGGAUCGAUGGUCUUUCCCCGAGGUCAAGAACCUUGCCAUCCGAGAGCUGGAGAAACACCUCAUGGACGAUAUCGAACGCAUUGUCGUUUACCAGAAAUACAAUGUCGAUAAGCGUCUCUUGAUCCCUCGUUACGCCGCCCUUUGUGCGAGGACGGAGACCUUGUCACUGUCAGAAGGAAUGCGGUUGGGCAUGGAGACGGCGUUGAAUAUUGCUCGCGCGAGAGAAUGUGCCCGCUCGCCAUCAGUGGGUGGACUGCGCAGUCCCACGUCCGUCAUACUACCAUCCGAGGAGAUGCACGGCAUCAUAGUGGACUUGUUCAGCAUC